CUUCUCUUGAAAGGUCGUUUUGAGCUUUAGAAACAAUAGUUGUCAAAAGUUUUGCACAGUAUAGCUGGCAGAGUGUAUAUAGAUGCUUAAUUGAUAACGCGGCAUGAAAUGCUGUUUUUGCUAAAGGGAUAUUAGACUAUGGAGAACAGGUCAGAGGGAAAAUUUAGAGAGCUCUACCUGUACCUAAAAUUACAUUUCUGAGGGCUUUUUACAUUUACUCUAUUUAAUUUGAUGAAAAUAUUGAAACAAACAGCAUAGCCAUGUAUUUGUAAAUUCUUUUUUUGGUACCUAGGUCCCGAACCUCCUAGGCUCUGAGGGAAUUGUAUAUAUGGAGAAAGCCAAGAAUAUUUUUCCUUAGCUUCUGGAACCUUCUGAUGACAUUGAGGGUUUUUUGGUUCAGGUUUUUUCUAACCACCUCAGGCACUCUGCCACUUUUUUGAAGUGUGAAUUGCCUGCUGUCAGCCUGGAGUUCUCACCUCCGCAAUCCUGGCUGCAGGCAUAUUUGCAUGUUGGAUGCUGUGUUCUUUAACCCCUGAGAUUUGAAUCCACUUCUAGUCUGUGUGUGAAAGCUGGCUACUUUCAAACCCGUGGAUAGUUUCAGCUUUGUGGUCUCCAGAAAAACAGAAAACCCCCAACAAUAGCUCCAUUCACUUUUAUGUAAAUGGCACUCUUCAGGAAAACACUGGGCUAUUUCCCAGGGCCCCAGAACAUACUCAAACAUUUGUUUGAGUGGGAGGUGGGGAGAGAGUUCUUUUGAGUCAAUGAACAUCUGUUCAGAACUGCUGUGCUGGGUCCCAAGAAAACAGCUUAUAAUCUGGCUCUUCCCCGCCAGAGGUAACAGCAGAGAUUUACUAUACUAGGUAUAUGCGCUUGUGGUGGCAUUGUACUGUGUCAGUUUAGCUACGCUGGAUUCCCAGUAUCCUUCCCAUCUGCUUCCAGGUCAGGGUUGUCCACAAGAAAAUUUCGUGAGAGAUUUGGAAAGCUGAAUUGAAGUAGCAGCCGGUACACUGUGAAGGACAGAGCUGGGUCUGUACACUGUGAAGGACAGAGCAGGGUACCAGGCAUGGUGGCAGUGCCUGUACUUUCUCUCUGAUCUGCUGUCUCACCUUGUUGGUGAAGGUCAUCACACAGCCCCCAGCACCCCCAGCUCCUACUGAAUUUCCUUCUUCAGCUCCUCUGAGUCCUGGGCCGUGUGUGCAGUCAGCUUUGUAGCAGAGGGCUCCAGCUUCUCCAGAUCACCUGAGUCGCUGAGCUUGGGGCCAGUGAAAGGAAGCUGUGGGUUUCAGUGUGUCCUCAUGAGUUCCAGUUGUCCUUGUAGAUCCCAGUUUGUUCUCAGAGGUUCCAGUUUGUCUUUGUUCUCUUCCACCUCACAUCCAGUUUUCUUCCCAACUGCUGGCCUCACAGACUUCAGGCCCAACACCAGGUGCAGAGGCGACAGAGUUGCAUGGAUUUCUCCGCCAACUUCUAAAGAUACACAAUGUCUACUCCUUAUAAUAAAUCUUUAGUUUUCUGUCACUCAUAGCAUUUGCUUCCCUGAUUGAACUUUUAAGUUUGUUCAAGCCAUGUUAAGGACGCAGAACAUGGAGUGAUUAGAAGCCAGAAAGCUUCACAAAGGAGGUGACAUCUGAGCUGCUUCUGACGAGUAGGAAGUUGUGUGUAUAGAGUGGGUAGGAGGAAUUCUAGAGAAUAGUUGGCUCAAGUCAAGCAAUUGAAAGAGCAGUGAGGAGUUCUGUAUUUCUAGAAGAACUGUUCUUUCCAUGGGUCCAGAAUAUAGGUGGAGAAUGAGCAUCUGAUCCUAGCUCUUCUGGCCCCAUUGAGAUGAACUGUUAGCUGACGUGGUUCUCAGAUGUGGUCAUCCCUAAUAUACUGGCAUCCACUGAAAUACAUUCUUGCUAGGGUAUACCCUUGUCACUACCCUAAGAUUCCUCCCCCACCCCACUGCUGCUCUCCUCUCCCCAGUGGUUCCAUGUGGCCAACGCAGGCUUGUCUUUCUUGGCUCCCCAUGUAGGCAUCUUUGCUUGUCCACGCUGUGCUGAUGGUGGCAGUGGUAUGGAGUUCCUGUCUUAGGCAGGGCACUGUGCCCUCUAGUCUUGGAUCCCUAAGCUUAUUUAGGGGUUCUAACAUUCUUUCCAUGGGACCUGAGGCAGGAGUAAGGUACCCUACAUCUAUAACUUUCUAAUGCUUUUUGAGCAUCUUUGUAGGGAGGGCAUGGGAUCAGCUACCUGUUUCUGCUUCAGCCAUGGACCAAUAAUAUGAAAUCCUUGUUCACCAGUUCUACAGUGAUGGGGUGCUUCCUUUUGGCUUCUGGAAUGGGUGCGUUUGCUUCUGAGGAUCUCCAGUGUCAUAACAAACGCAUGCCAGCCCUGUUUUACAGGGAGCCCUGGAGGUGUUGGAAUAGAGGCCACAUUGAGGGUAGUUGCCAAGGUCCUGCAGUUACACACAAAGUCCUUAGGAUAAGACCAUGGCCCUGAGAGCAUGUGGCUUGAUCAUCUUCCGAAGAUGCCUCAUUCCCAAAGUGGACAACAAUACAAUUGAGUUUUUACUGCUGCAGGCAUCAGAUGGCAUUCAUCACUGGACUCCUCCCAAAGGCCAUGUGGAACCAGGAGAGGAUGAUUUGGAAACAGCGCUGAGGGAGACUCGAGAGGAAGCGGGCAUAGAAGCAGGCCAGCUGACCAUCAUUGAGGGGUUCAAAAGAGAACUCAAUUAUGUGGCCAGGGACAAGCCUAAAACAGUCAUUUACUGGCUGGCAGAGGUGAAGGACUAUGAUGUGGAGAUCCGCCUCUCCCAUGAGCACCAAGCCUACCGCUGGCUGGGGCUGGAGGAGGCCUGCCAGUUGGCUCAGUUCAAGGAGAUGAAGGCAGCACUCCAAGAAGGACACCAGUUUCUUUGUUCCACAGAGGCCUGAGCUGACUGGAGCAGAGUCAUUUGCUUCAGUAGGAUCCUUGUGAGCCUUCUAAGAUGAAGCCACCCUCAGGUCCAGGGAAGGUUGUGCUAGUAUUUGGCUCAUCACAGCCAAGAGCAGAUAGAUUUAUGAAAUCGGCUCAACUCCCAGAUGAGAGCAAGCAAAAAUCUUGGCUGGGUGGAAAGGAAGGCAAAGAGUAAAAAUAAAAAAGGCCAAGCCCAGUAAGUGCACCUUGUACUUUAUAAAUAAACUGCAGGCAGCUCAAGGUUGUCUUUCUAA